UGUAUUAUCUACUUUAGCUUCGCUCGGCAUCUCCUGCCUUUCAACUCAUUGGAAAAAAAGUCCAAGUACUUCAAGUCGACUGUCGACUUUGCUUUUAUUCUUUCCCACUUCCAUCGAAGAGCUGUUCUGUAACGUCCCUGACCCAAGACAGACUCUGCCACCAUGGCAAAAGACGUUUUCUCAGUCCCCAUCUUCUUCAUCGUCUUCCGUGAGACGAUUGAAGCUGCUAUCAUCGUCUCCGUCCUUCUUUCUUUUGUCGAGCAGCUUAUGGCCGCUGGUUCACUCGCCCACGACGAGAGCGAGCCCAGUAUCGAAAACGCAUCCAACAAUGGAUCAGCCGCGGAUGCAGAAGACCUCACGAACCCUCUUACCGACAAGGAGCGACGAGCAAAGUUAGUUAAGAGGAUGAGAAUUCAAAUCUGGGCGGGUACAGCUGUCGGUUUCUUCAUUGCUCUUUGUAUCGGUGCUGCUUUCAUCGCUGUCUUUUACACCACACUCAACGAUCUGUGGGCCGACACUGAACAAAUUUGGGAAGGUGUCUUCUCCGUCAUCGCUGCUGGUAUCAUCUAUAUAAUGGCCACUGCCUUCCUCAAAAUGGACAGAAGCCGUAUCAAGUGGCGAUGGAAGCUUGCCGCCGCUUUUGACCGAAGCCAAGCCAAAGCGCUCGCCCGUGAAAAGAUGUCUAAGCACGAGAGAAAGCUUGCAGAAAAGGAAGGCAAGAGUGGAAAGUGGGCAUUAUUCCUUCUCCCGUUCAUCACUGUGUUGCGUGAAGGUCUUGAGGCUGUUGUCUUUGUCGGUGGUGUGUCCCUUGGUAUUCCCGCUACCUCUAUCCCGCUAGCCGUCGUUGUCGGCAUUAUUGCCGGUUUCGCUGUCGGCUACGCGAUCUACCGAACCGGCUCUACCACCACUCUCCAUUGGUUCCUCGUCGGUUCCACCUCUUUCCUCUGUCUCAUCGGGGCCGGUCUUCUGUCCAAAGGUGUCGGCUUCUUCCAAUACUACCAUUUCAGUAAAGGUGUGGGUGGGGAUGUAGCGGAGACUGGAGAUGGACCUGGUUCGUUCCAGGUUGCAGGGAAUGUUUGGCAUUUGGAGUAUGGAAACCCAGAGACUGGUUCUGCUACGACUAACGGUGGUUGGCAAAUCUUCAACGCCAUUUUCGGCUGGAACAAUACGGCCACCCUGGGCACUAUCCUCUCCUACGUGUUCUACUGGAUCCUCGUCAUUGCCACUCUUGUCUAUCUUAAAUGGAAGGAAGGCCGUUUCUCGUUCCUUGGAUAUAAAUCCGCCGCUCUUCAACGUCGUCAUGCCUUUCGGGAAGAGAAGAAGGCCAAGGAAGCGGCUCGUCUGCAGGAGGGUGAGGAAUGCCAAACCGGUGCUAGGGCGGGUGAUGGAACUCAGCGGAAUGUGGAAGGAGGGAGCAGUGAUGAAGGCAAGAGUCCGGUUCUGACCCCCGUGGACGAAAAGAAAAUUGCUGCGCUGGAGAGGCAUUGAUUUGGUAUUUCCGUAAAGACAACCCAGAGUAAUUUAAGUUCAACAUAAUAUUCAGUCUUUUUGGUCAUUCGUGAAGUUUUGUGUACGAUGAUAGUACAUGCGAGUCGUAUGAAGUAUGUUAGUAAUAAUUAUCCCACAGUUCAGUUAUCAGUGAGCUGUAAGAAAAAGUUUCCUUCCACGUUUCUGGCACAUACCGUGUCCAGUAGCUAGUUAUGCUCCUACCGUAAAUACGAUAAAAUACUAAUCUUGUUUUCUCAUUUAUGAUAUUCAA